AUGGCACCUAAAAAGAAAGAUAAAAUAAAAGAUGAAAAGAAAGAUAAAAUAAAAGAUGAAAUGGUCGCGGAAACGACUGCAAAGCAAGAUAAAAAAAACGGAUGGUCUUUGAUAGUUACUUCAAUUAUAGUUGGACUGUUAGGUGCUUUGGUAUAUAGACUGUAUAUUUCUUUCGUCGCUGUGCCAGAACUACCUAAAUUUGAUCUCGAUGUAUGGUGGGGUGCAGGUCCAAGGAGUAACCAAGAUAUAUCAAUACGUCCAUAUAGAAUUCUUCUUUUAGAUUCAAUGCAAGAAAACAUACGUCGUAAAUUCGAAGCUUAUAGAAGAGCAACGAAAAUAAAAAGUCUGAACGAGUCUUCUAGCUAUGGCUUGAAUUCUGAUAAUCUGGGUCAAAUUUUUGCACAUUGGCAAUUCAAAUAUAAUUACAGAGAACGCACUAGAUAUUUCAAUAAGUAUGAUCACUUCAAGACUAAUAUACAAGGUCUGGAUAUGCAUUUCAUUCAUGUGAAACCGAAAAAUCCUGGAAAUAUGAAGGUUCUACCGCUACUUCUCUUACAUGGUUGGCCGAGUUCUGUAAAAGAUUUCUAUGAAAUGAUACCACUUCUAACAACUCCAAGAAAUGCUUAUGAUUUUGUAUUUGAAAUUAUAGCCCCAAGUCUGCCUGGGUUUGUUCAUUCACAAGGUGCAGCCAGGCCAGGUCUUACGACGUAUGAAAUAGCGAUUAUAAUGCGUAAUUUGAUGAAGAGGAUCGGCUUUAAUCAGUUUUAUAUUCACGGUGGAGAUAUUGGUCAUGCGAUUGGUUCACACAUGGCGACAAUUUUCCCCAAUCAAGUCCUUGGUUUCCAUACUACCACUCCUAUUAAUUACUCCUAUUUAGCUUCAAUGGGGUGGUUUAUAGGAUCGAUUUGUCCUAAAUGUUUAUCAGAUGAUUAUGUUCGUGAUAAAAUGUACCCACUGUCAGAUAAAAUCAGUUUUUACUUGGAAGAAUCUGGUUAUUUACAUCUUCAGAGCACGAAACCUGAUACUAUAGGAAUCGCUCUUCAAGAUUCUCCCCUUGGUCUAGCAGCGUACAUCAUAGAACGCUAUUUGUUAUACACGAAUCCAAAUAGCAAAUUCACUCCUGAAGAAGCAUUCUCAAGCUAUAAUAUGACAGAUUUACUUGAUAACGUCAUGUUAUAUUGGAGCACUGGGAGUAUUACGACGUCAUUGCGAUUAUUUAAGGAGACUGUUAAGAAUUACGACAUGGAACAGGUUCUUGCAAGAAUACCAACUUCAGUCCCAACUUGGGGCCUACGAACGAAAAAUGACCUAUUCCAUCAGAAUGAUAACAUAAUACGUUGGAAGUACCCCAACCUUCGUGGCUUAACUAAUUUGGAAGUUGGAGGCCAUUUUCCCGCCUUCGAAAUACCUUCAGAAGUUGCUAGUGAUAUAUUUAAAUCUGUGAGAAAAUUUCUCCUAACAAGAAAAGUAUAA